AUGCCGUUUGGUUUAAGCCGAGCGCCGGCUACUUUUCAAAAAGCAAUGGACAUAGUUUUAAGGCCAAUCAUUUAUCUUGAUGAUAUAAUAGUCACCAGCGAAACAUUGGACGAACAUGUAAAACGUUUGAAAGAAGUUUUUGCAUUACUUAACGAGGCCGGUUUCAAAAUAAAUGCAAGAAAGUGCAAGUUCGCGGCCAAGGAGUUGCGGUACCUUUGCAAGUUAAGAGAGGUAGAUGACUUUAAGAAAUUGUGUGAUCUUAUUGUAUCUGAUAAGUUGUAUGAAACUCUUGAUUCUAAAAAAAAGGAACAUAUUAGUGUUCGGGAGGGUCAAAGUUGGUACCCACCUAAUCAAUUGGGAAGAGAAUGUGAUUUAUUUUAUUCAUCCAGGGGUAAAUCUUUAGUUGAUACCAGUAACACACGAAUCGAAACUCCAGAAAAUAAAAAGCUUAAUUUUUCCAAAAACAAUCUUAGAAAAGCUCAGAGCAAUUUCAAGGAUUCAGGGAAGUUUGUAAAUCAGGGUAGUAGUAAACCAGAACGUAUUUGCUAUGUUUGUGGGAGUAAAGGGGAAUUAUUUCAUUUUGCUAGAAAUUGUCCCAAACGGUUAGGAAAGGAGGAAAGUUUGUCUCCAAAAAAGGUAUCUGGGUUAGAGAUUGACUCGGAUAAUGCAGCUAGAAAUAAGUUAGAAUUUAUUGAACUGUUGAUUGAUGGUAAGAAAGUAAAAUGUUUAAUAGAUUCUCGAAGUGAAUUGAUAGUUGUAAAGAAAUCCCUUUUUCCGAAUAAAUUAUCAAGUGGAUGUAUAGAACUGAAAAGUUCGUUUGGUCACGUAGUUAAAGCGGAAACGGCUAAGCUUAUUUUUUCUUUAUGCGAAAGCAAAAAACAAAAAGAGAUUGAAGCAGCGAUGGUUGAUGGAUUGAUAACAGACUGUAUUUUCCCCCCUUCCUGUCUAAAAAUGAUCUGUUGUGACCAAAUGAUGAAUACGCAAUAUGAAAACGAUUCCGUCUCUUCGGAAAGGAAUUUUUUGUCUUUUAUUUCUGCAACCAUUGAGGCAGACAGCGAAACAGAUUUAUGGCAUAUUAAAGAUGAAGGAUUACGCAAUACUGUUUCCACUCUUAUUAAUGAGUAUAAACCGUUAGAAAAGCCGCGCAGUACAGAUUUAAAAAUGAAAGUAAUAUUAAAAGAUGAUAUUCCAGUUUCUUAG